AUGAUAUUACGAGCAGGACUCAUUGAGAGCGCUAAUACAUUUGAUGAAUCCAAUGUCAUGAUUAAUGAUAAACAAAAAACGUGUGAGAACUCUACAAGUUUACCAAUUUCUACCAAUGGUUCAUCUUACGAGAACCCGGUGAACGUUGAUAAAUGUGCCAUAUUAGAUGAAAUAAUGAAUUGCACACAAGAAGAACCAUAUUGCUUUGUGGAUGGGAACAUACUUGAAUGCGGAUCCACGAAUCGAAUGGGAUGGAGAAUUAGUCCUUUAGACGGGUUGGUUUUGAAUCAUGGUCAAAAACCUAAUUCAAAUUGUAAAUUAUUCAAUCCACCAGAUCAACCAAGUAUAAAGACAAUAAUAUUAGAAUUAUUGAGUGAGAGUGCGUUUGGUUUGGGGUUUAAGGGUCGUGAAUCCGCCGUUUGGUAUAAUUCAUUUGAUUAUCUUGGAAAUUGUCCUUUAGAAACUCAAUUUUGCGAUAAAGACCUCCUGAUUUGUAAAAAUUUAUUCGACUCUGGAAAAGAAUGUAGUUCAUCUAACCAAUGUUUCACUCGUUUUUGUGGGAAACGUGACAUGAAUGAUCCAGAUGACACCACUGAAAGGGUCUGUGUUGAUAACGACGAGGGUAUUACGAAGAAGAAAGAUAGAACGUUAACCACUGUAUCAUGUUCUGUUGGGUUCACCAUGCUCUUCAUCGUGACGAUACUCUUCAUCGGUUCUUUUAGAAAAAAGACUAAAAUUCUUUUUGAGAAAUGUGAACCUAUUAAACCAUUACUUCCUCCUGGCGGACCCAAUUAUUCACAAUCCGAAUUCAUCGCCAAACAUUUAUCUGCUUUGCAUCCUAAUUUAACGUCAAAAUUAUCGUUAGAUAGAUCUCGUCCUUCCUCUAAAAACACCAUCGAAAAAAGGGAAACAUGUUCUUCCGAUAGUCUCUCUGUUUUAUUACCUCCUCCCCCUACAAUAAGUAGAGAUAUCUCUUUAUAUUAUAAUCCUUAUAUUAAUAAUUUUACCAAUUUUUAUUCGGGUAGGAACGUGUCCCAAUCGUUUAGAGAUUCUUUCGAUAUUUAUCUCGCACCAUACCAGACCGUGUAA